AUGGGGAAUAUCUGCUCAAGGUCGGCGAACCAACCCGAUGACCCUUUCACGCAGCCUGGCCGAGCUCUUGGCCCCUCUUCAACGCCUGGUGCAACUGGCCCACCCCCUCGAGCACCGAUCCCGAGCAAUCGUUCAAGGCAGGGUACUGGCAGGACACUUGGAGGGCAACCGUCCAGCGAUACGGGAAAUGCGCAGAGCAAGGCUGGCGAAGCUGCACAGAAACGCGCAGAAGCUCUCAGCGCCUCCAGUAAAGGGAAAUUGGGGAGCCAAUUGGCAGCACAGAAAGCACAAACACAGUCACAAACCCUCAACGCAGUCAGUCAGGCAGAGCAAGCGGCAAGAAAUGCAGACAAUGCAGCUGAAGCUCGACAGUGGAAUUAG